AUGGCGGCCGCGGCGCGAGGCGGGACGGGGCCGCAGGAGCUGGYGCUGCUGGAGCGGUUGCUGGGCCUGCAGGAAGGGAACAAGUACGGCGUCCAGGGGGAGCGGAAGAUACCUGUUCUUCAAACAAACAAUGGUCCCGGCCUAACAGGAUUAGUUACUAUAGCUGCUCAUUUAGUUAAACGGGCUAAGAAAGAACAACUGCUUGGAAGCACUGCAGAAGAAAAAGCUGUUGUUCAGCAGUGGUUGGAAUACAGAGUGACUCGAGUAGAUGGAUGUUCUUGUGAAGAAGGUACUAGAGUAAUUCUCAAGGAUCUUAACAUGUAUCUUGAAGAUAAAGUCUACUUUGCAGGAAACAACUUUACYUUAGCAGAUAUUUUGAUGUACUAUGGACUGCAUCCCAUCAUGGCUGAACUUUCAGUGCAAGAAAAGGAGAAAUACCUGAACGUGUCUCGUUGGUUCAACCACAUUCAACAUUAUCCAGGUGUCCGACAACAUCUUUCUAAUGUCAUCUUUGUCAAGAAUAGAUUAUAUACUAAUGCUCAUUAAGGAAAAAAAUUGUAAUGUUAUACUGACAUGGUGGUUGGUAAUUUAGAUGUUACACUGUCCAAAACCACUAACUUGCAAGUACUGGUUUGUAACCUUAUGUAUGUGAACCAAAACUGUUGAUGCCUCAAAUAAUAAUAUUGCAUUGAAUAGCUGUUGUUUGUCAAGAACUKGAACCAGUAGAAUUAUAUUGUGUAUCUGAUUAAAUUCAACAAUGAUGGAAAGAUGAAAACUGAGCACCAGUUUUUAAUUCACUAUUUUUUUAAAAAUAAAAUGUUCUUUUAGUUGAUCAGAGUCAACUGUAGUGGCACAGUCUUUGGCAUAGGAAAGAGGUAUUUCUCUUCCUUCAAUAUUCACUCCUUUUUGCUAUUUAUUGAAUUUUUACAUCUGUCCUUCAUUGUUUUCUUUU